AUGGAACUACCUAAAGGACAUGCCUCGUUUAAUUCAAAUUUAUUUACACCUAAUAAUAACAAUCGUCGUCCAGAAAGAUCAGUAGCAUUUGGAAAAAUUCCAUUAGCAUCUAUAUUAGCCACACAAAAACGAGAAGUAAAUAAUUCAAUGAAACAUGAACCAUUAUUACAAAAACCAACAAUUAUCACAAGGACAAAUUCAAAUAAUUCAACGACAAAUUCAAGAAAAAAUUCAGCAUUAUUAUCGUCAAAAGGUAAAAGUUUAUGGAUGAAAACAGCUGAACCUCUGAUAUUGAGUCGAACUAGACGUAGUGAAUUGAAAAAAAAAUUAUUAAGAUUAUUACUUGUAUUCAGUUAUUUAUUAUCAAUAUCGUUAUUUGCCAUUGCAUUAGCAACAUUUUACGGUUUCUUUUGGACCGCACAUAUCCCACCAACAUCGUCAGACAAUGAUACGUUUACAGGUCAUGAUACAAGUACAAUACCACAUAGUGAAUCACAGGUAGAUCAAUAA